GUUGUAUCCUACUCUCGCGCACACUGCCAUGGAUUUUUUGAAUAAUGGCCCUGGAAGUCUCUUCGCCCAACUUGCUGGUGGCGGCGUCCUGCCGGGCAUGCCCAGCAGCAGGCGUGCAAACCCGAGACAAUUCGAUGAAUAUCUGAAGGCAUACAGCGUUGCGAUGCUGCCUGGCAGACCUAGAGACAAUGUUUCUUACGGUGGAAAGAUCAUCAUGCCUCCAUCUGCUCUGGCGAGGUUAACUCGCCUUGACCUACAAGACCCGUGGAUGUUCCAGCUACGCAAUCCAGCGAACCCGGCGGCGUCUACCCACGCUGGUGUACUGGAGUUCAUCGCCGAGGAGGGUGUGGUUCACCUGCCAUAUUGGAUGAUGAAGACCCUGAGGCUAAACGAGGGCGAUCCCAUCCGCAUCACUGGUACCGAGCUGCCGAAGGGCAAGUUCGUCAAGCUGCAAGCGCAGACCGUACACUUCCUCGAGAUCUCGGAUCCCAAGGCUGUCCUCGAGCAAGCCCUCCGCAACUUCACUGCCCUUACGCAAGGCGACAUCAUCGAGAUUUCCUACAAUUCCAUAGUUUUCGGCCUACUCGUCAUGGAAGCCGUCCCGGGAGGCGAAGGUAUCAGCGUCCUGGACACCGAUCUCGAGGUCGACUUUGCGCCCCCAGUAGGCUAUGUCGAGCCCGAGAGGCCGAAGGCGCCCCCUCCUCCGACGAUGGCGUCCAAGCUCAAGAUCGACCUAAACUCGGCCUCGCCUGGUUCGUCGCGUCCCGGAUCAUCCUUAAGCGGCGGCUUCGCGGGUACCUCGACUGGGCAGACAACCUUGAGCAAGGAGGGCGACCAGUGGGAGAGUUUCAAGGGCCGUGGCGAGACGUUGGGCGGUAGGAAGACGAAAGGCAAGGGCAUCUCCCAUCGCAAGGUCGAGGCGGUCCCUGAAGGGAGCAAGAUCAUCAAGACCGACAACCGCAAGAUCGUCUCCAAUGAAACUUUGGAAUCCGGGACGCGCGUACCUGGUCCCCUCAACUUGCCUUUCGGCCAGCUCUUCUUCGGAUUCAACGUGCCUCCCUAUCAACCGCCUAACGCGCCUGCAUCGCCUGGUUCUCCUGGUGCACCAUCUGGUGUUCAAUCCUUCUCCGGUUCCGGCGCUACACUCAGCGGGAGGCCUGCUCCCGGAUCCUCUGCCUCAACCUCUGCGAAGGGCAAGGAAAAGGAAAAAGAGAACACGGAAUCCACUGCGCACCAAUGGGGAAGCUCGGGACACACGCUUGGUCGGAGUGUCCCGCGCGAGCUUCCGCGCGAAUCUGGCCCCGUAGGCGCGGGCGGUGCUCGUGCACCUCGAGCCCCGGUGCGUAACCAGAGCGCGAAGCAGAAGCAGAAGGAGCGGAGCCCGACUCCAGACUGGGGUGUCGAUGACGAUGAGGAUGUGAUCAUGUACGACAGCGACUAAUCGUGCAGUCAGUCGGUAUGGCCAGCGCUUUUGAAAGCUGCACAAUCCGAAUGCGCUCAUCAUACGGUACAUCCUCGCAUUGUACACAAUACUUAUCAUGUAACAUUACGGCCAAGAGACGUUUCUAGACAUGAACGACUGGUUUGCUACAAGUACACUUUGUUUCGUUUCGACUGCAACAAGGAUAAAAGGGAAGGUGAUGCU